AUGAGUUUGACGUCGUUGGAGAACCGUUUACUUCGCGGGGCGCAGAAGGGCGACUUACCAGCCGUCCAAGCGGCCAUUGCAGCAGGAGCGGAUCCGAGCGGAUCGAGCAACAGCCGAUUGCGUCCGCUCAUGGUAGCUUCGGGGUCAGGCAGCGUCGAAGUCGUCAAUUUCUUACUUCAGAAUGGCGCUGAGAUGGAGCACCAAACGUGGGGUGAUGAUGAUCAUCGAUUCUUAGGAAUGCGGGCGACGCAUUGGGCCGUGACAUCGGGAAAGUUGGACACCCUCCUCGUACUUUUGAAAGCAGGCGCAGUCUACGAUGCAGUCAAUGCGCAAGGCGAAACGUGCCUCAUGAAUGCGUGUAUGACGGACGCUUCGCCGCCGACCUGCGUUGCGAUGGCGAAGGCGUUGCUCGAUGCCGGUGCGGACCCUCUGAUAGAGGACCGCGAAGGCCAGGUUGCGCUGCAUCAUGCAGCGGCCCAAGGCAACCCGAACAUGAUCGACCUGCUGCUUCAAGCGAAAGGAUCAUCACUCUCAAAGAAGUUGUUGUCGCACGUGAGCAGGUGGGAACAUACACCGCUUCAGAGCGCCUUGGAGAGCAACCAAGUACAAGCCGUGGCCCACCUGCUGUCGUUGGGCGCGCGCGCCACGGUUGAUCGUGAAGGACGCGGAAAUUUGCUUCGGCGGGCGGUUGUGAAAAAUAGUGAACCAAUCGUCCGUGUGCUAUUCGAGGCAGGACUCGAGUCUGUCGGAGGCGCCGCGCGUGUGAUGCCAGACAGCUUGGCCUCCGCCGCGAAAGCUGGUCGAACACGGCUCUUGAAGUUGCUGCUCACCGUGGGGCGAGGGGACAGGACGACCGGAUACUGGGCCAACUACUACGUCUGGGGCGGGCCGUUGCUUAACGUCGCCGCGGGAUACGCGACUGUCGACUGUGUCGGCGUGCUGCUUGCGGCGGGGGCUGACGAGCGAGUACCCGAUGAUGAACGCCAAACAGCUGGCGAUAUGAUUGGCGAUCUUUUGGCAAGUGGCAGCAAGAGCGCGUCGUUCAGGUCCGACAAAGCAGCCAUCCGUCGAACGCUCCUGCGGGGCCCUGCGUACCGCGCUCGAUCGUGGACCUGGCCCCCGCUGGCUGCUGGGGCUGAUGAUGCAGUGGCAUUUCCAUCGGGCCACCCCGAAAAAGUUCCGCUGGGAGUGCAUAUCUUCCGCCGAAGGGGCGAAAAGUUGGUCGUGAGGCUGAUUGGCAGGUGA